AUGUGGAUCAGCCUGGCGAUGCUGGUGAGCCUGCAAGCCAUGCAGCAGGUGCUGCGAGAGCGUGGGCUGCUGACGGCUGGGGUCCAGCAGGAACUGGAGGCGGGGCGGUGCUACUGGCAGCAGGAGCGCCGCCUCUGCUCCCUCAUGCUGCAGCACCCCACCGUGCCUGCACAGGGUCACGGCAGCAGCUGCGGGUUCAGCUUGGAGGAGGCGCUGCAGGCGUCCGCCGCCAAGAGCUUCGACUACCGCCUACUCAACCACCUCGUGUUUGGGCUUCGCGGGGAGGAGCCUGAUGAGGCGCUGCUCCGCUUCCUGCGGGUGGACGAGAUGCUCGUGGACAUUGGAGACGACUGUGUCGAUUAUGAGGAUGACAUUGAUGCAGGGGCGGGAGGCGGCAGCUUCAACAUCCUGCGCUGCUACGUGCAUUUGUUUGGGCGGGAUGCCCCACUGCACCUGGCACAGCGUGUGGGGGAGCUGGAGCAGCAGCGUGAGGAGCUGCUGGCGCUGCUGCCGCCCCACCAGCAGCAGCACGUGCGACGGCGGCAGGUGGAGGCAGCCAGUGAUGGCGGGGGUGGCGGCCUGCGCUGGCAGGUGCCGCCUCUGGUCCUGGACGAGGCGGCCUUCCGGCAGCAAUUUGCCCAAGCCAGCAGCGGGUAA